AUGGAAACGUCGUCGUUUAGUCCUUCUUCUUCUCCGGCGACACUUCCGUCGUUUCUCCUCCUCUUCCUCGCCGUAUACUUCAUCGGUUAUUUCGUGAUUUUCCGAUCAUGGAAAUCAUCUCAUUUAGGCGCCAGCUGCUUAAUGUCACUCUUCCACGGAACUCCCGCCGUCGUAAUGGCAUCUCACGCGCUUCUAACAACCCCACGCGCCGCCGUAACAGAACCACACUCCUUCGCUUCUCCCAACACCGCCGUGGAAUCCGCCGUGCUCGAUUUCAGCAUGGCUUAUUUCACGGUCGAUCUCCUCCACUACCUCAUCUUCCUCCCUAACGAUUUCCUCUUCAUCAUCCACCACAUCGCCACGCUCUACGUUUUCGCCACGUGUAGAUUCGCCGUCGGUCACGGAGCUCACGCGCUUCUCCUCCUCUUGAUCCUCGCGGAGGCGACGAGCGCGUGUCAGAACGCGUGGACAAUCGCUGGGUAUAGGAAAAACGACGUCGAUUUAGCGAGGAGAGUGAGGGAGCUCUUGUCUCCUCCUUUUUACUUGUUCUACACGGUGGUUCGUGGAUUGGCCGGUCCGGUGGCUUUGUACGAUAUGGCGGCGUUUUACGGCAGUGGUGCGGCGGAAGGAGCGGUUCCACGGUGGGCUUGGUUAUCGUGGCUCGUUGUGAUUGGCUCUGCUAUUUUGGUUAGUGUUUUGUGGGUUUUUCGAAAUUGGGUUGAUUGGUUUAGAGAGAAAAACUCGUCCAAGAAAUUUAAUUGA